AUGAAGGCGGUGAGCCUGCAGUCGAUGGACGAGCACGAGCUGCAGCAGCUCCGCGACGAGUUCGAGAUCCACGCGUCGCUGCAGCACCCGGGUAUCGUCACUAUGUACGGCGCCAUCCUGUCUCGCCACCAUUAUAUCUUCCUUAUGGAGCCCGCGAGCCACCCGCUGACCGAGGAUAUGGACACCUUCGCCCGCAAACCAGCAGCGUUCGCCAGGCAGGUCGCGGCGCCGCUCGCUGCCGUCCUCGAGCACCUCCACUCUCAAGGCAUCGCUCACCGGGACAUCAAACCGGGAAACAUCCUCGUCGGGCGGGACGGCAGGCUCAAGGUGACGGACUUCGGCUACGCGGUUCGCACGAAGCAGCGGCGUCCGGUGACGCGGCUCGGAACGCUGCAGUACAUGGCCCCGGAGGUGCUGGGCUCGGGGCUGGACAUGAACACCCUGCGGACCAAGGACCGCAGCGAGCGGACGGGGUACGACGUCAAGUGCGACAUCUGGAGCUUCGGGGUCCUGAUCUUCGAGGCGCUGCACGGCCACGGGCCCUUCACGGGGUGA